AGCAGAGCCUCUGUGACAGCUGUUUGCUUUCUACUAGAAACGUCCCCAGGUUGUUCUCUAGGUGGCGAAUGGCGUUUUAAAAAGUAUAAAAUAGCAAUUUAGUAUUGAACACAGCAUCAAUCCAUAGCACUAGGAGCUCACCAUUGAGUACUUGUGCUUCCUAUCAUAGAGGCUUCCACAUGUGAAGGCAACUUUUACACCUGAUCUUACAAUCUUGUUGCUUGGUGUUUUGGGGUUUGGUUGGUUGGUUUGGGGGGUUUUUGGUGGUUUGUUGUUGGUUGGUUGUGUUUUGUUUGUUUCCUUUUGUUUUGGUUUUUGUUUAGUUUUUUGUUUGUUUCUUUUUUUCUCCAUAAUUUGUUAAUUCUGCAGUGAUUUCAAUGCUGAACAUGCUUAUGCAGUUUUUCUCAUCCUGUGGAAGUGUGAAAGGAGUCGAUCAGUCAUGCUGUGGGCUCCAACAGGAACCUGGCGUGUCGAGGUGUCUACAGUAAAGUGCUGCAGAUGAGAACCCCAAAUUGCCACCUGUACAGAAAUGCAGAUGGCUCAUCUUUCCUUGCCACGGGCUCACUUGCUGGGCAAGAAUGGAUGCAACAUGCUUUUGUGAAGGUGGAGAAGAACCAGAAAUGCUGCAGGAUGGCUUUGUCUGGGCAAUUACAAUCUGAUACAUACAGCUGGCGAAUAGCUACAUUUCAUUGGGUUUUUGGUUGGUUUUUUUUUGGUUGGUUUCUGGUUCUUUGGCUGUUUUGAUUUUUGUAUUUGGUUGGGUUCUUUUAAAUUUUUCUUCUAAAGUAGCUAAAAUAAAUCCAUACUACACAUCAAAAGGGUGGUAGAAAUAGCUAUGUAAUAGUUUCAAAUGAUAUAUGACGUUCUUAAAUCUGUUUUGUAAAGGGGCGAAUGCUUUUUAAAGUUGGAGAACUGCGAAUGUUCCUUUUCUGAUGUGCCUCGCUGCGCUGUUUAACUCCGCUUGCUGUUAAUAAUUCAAAGUCAGGUCCCACCUGUAGAAUCUGAGAUAAGGCAUUCACCGAAAGUGCUUCAGGGAAGGGCUUUUAAGUAGUGGUUCGAUAAACACAUGGUCUGGCAUCUGCAUGUCUUGAGAUACUGUUGAAAUUAAGUCAGAUUUUUAAUGAAGUAGCUCCCUCAAGUCUUGGAACUAAUUGCAUGGGCUGUGAUCAGCUGAGACACUUUGAUAAAGACUUGAGCUUUCUGGUUUUAAUGUGUAUUUAUUGCAGGGAAGGAAUUUUGAGCAAAUAUAAGAACACCGCGUGCUGUGCUCCUCCAAAUUUAGACUCUCGGAGAUCCUGUGGCCAGUUCUUCCUGUUGUGCGCGGCCACAGGAUGCGUUCGCAAAACACCGAGUGCAUGCUUUGAUAUCUAACUCCUAAUUUUCAUGCGCCUUAAUUAGCAAAGAUACAAAAUGAAGCUCUGAAGGUAGCAUUAGACGUGCAACUACACUUCUUAGCCACAGGAGGGGUCUCUAGUUCAGUUAUUAUUAGCAAGUAUGAAAACGUUUCUAGGAAGAAAUGGUUAGAAGCUGUUUUGUGUACAACCACCCAUUGUAUUUUAGUGCCACCGAGGAGUCGCGGUUAGUGACAGUCGCACCAACGCUGCUCCACACGCUCCCGUGUAACUCCAGCCGCCUCCUCUGCCACAACUCCCCGUGUCGGUUCUACGGCGCAGCCGCGGCCCCUUGUACAUGUUACAGGCGAUCUGUGUAACCCAGGAAAUGUUUUCUGCAUGGCCACACUGGCUGAGGAGGAGCCCUGGCGCAUGUGCUGAGCUCUCAGUAUGAACGCUAUUGUUGCCCUCUGCCACUUCUGUGAGCUCCACGGUCCUCGCACCCUCUUUUGUACUGAGGUUCUGCAUUCGCCGCUUCCCCAAGGCGCGAGCAGUGGGGACAUCUCUGGGCAGAAUGAGCAGGCGGAAGAGGAGGAAGGCGGCAUUCAGAUGAGCAGUCGGAUCCGCUCGCACAGCCCAGCAGAAGGUGCCAGCGCCGACUCCAGCAGCCCAGGGCCAAAAAAGUCAGACAUGUGUGAGGGUUGCCGCUCUCUUGCAGGAGGACAUCCUGGAUAUGUCAGCCACGACAAAGAAACUUCCAUCAAGUACGUCAGUCACCAGCACCCGAACCACCCCCAGCUGUUCAGCAUUGUGCGCCAGGCCUGUGUUCGCAGCCUGAGCUGUGAGGUCUGCCCAGGACGCGAAGGUCCUAUUUUUUUCGGAGAUGAACAGCAUGGGUUUGUGUUCAGCCACACCUUCUUCAUCAAAGACAGCUUGGCUCGUGGUUUCCAGCGCUGGUACAGCAUCAUCACUAUCAUGAUGGACCGGAUUUACCUCAUCAACUCCUGGCCUUUCUUGUUGGGAAAAAUCAGAGGCAUCAUUGAUGAGCUUCAGGGGAAAGCACUUAAGGUGUUUGAAGCGGAGCAGUACGGGUGCCCUCAGCGCGCCCAGCGCAUGAACACAGCCUUCACUCCCUUCCUGCACCAGCGCAACGGCAACGCCGCCCGCUCCUUAACCUCACUGACCAACGACGAAAACCUCUGGGCAUGUUUGCAUACUUCCUUUGCUUGGCUUUUGAAAGCUUGUGGCAGCCGACUCACAGAGAAGCUUCUGGAGGGAGCACCAACAGAAGACACCCUCGUUCAGAUGGAAAAACUUGCAGACCUGAAAGAAGAGUCGGAAGGCUGGGAUGGUUCCGAGGAAGAAGAGAAGCCUUCUUCCCAGCCAGAUGUUGUGGAAGGGCAGGAGCUUUCUAAAUGCUCCCCUGAAACAUCUCUGAUGCCAGAUUGCAACAGCUGGAACGUAGCUCACAGGAGGUUGUCUGUCUUCCGCUCUCUCAGGCACAUGAGACAGGUUCUUGGGGCAUCAGCAUUCCGCAUGCUGGCUUGGCACGUCCUGAUGGGGAACCAGGUCAUCUGGAAAGCUCGAGAUACCGAUCUUGUCCAGUCUGCUUUUGACGUGCUACGGACCAUGCUGCCUGUCGGUUGUGUGCGGAUCAUCCCCUACAGUGACCAGUAUGAAGAGGCGUAUCGGUGUAACUUCCUAGGCCUGAGCCCACACGUUCAAAUCCCUUCCCACAUAUUAUCAUCUGAGUUCGCGGUCCUUGUGGAAGUUCGCACCGCCACCCGCUCCAAUCUGUGCCCGACCCUGUUUGAUGAGGAGCAGUCCCUCAACAAGUACGAGUUUGUUGUCAGCAGUGGUAGCCCCGUUGCAGCAGAUCGAGUUGGCCCUACUAUCUUGAACAAGAUUGAAGCUGCUCUUACCAACCAGAACCUCUCUGUGGAUGUUGUGGAUCAGUGCCUCGUUUGCCUGAAGGAGGAGUGGAUGAAUAAAGUGAAGGUCCUCUUCAAAUUCACAAAAGUGGACAGCAGACCCAAGGAGGAUACCCAAAAACUGCUGAGCAUUCUGGGAGCUGCAGAGGAGGACAACGUCAAGCUUCUCAAGUUCUGGAUGACUGGCCUGAGCAAGACUUACAAGUCCCACCUGAUGUCAACGGUUCGCAGCCCCACGUCCUCAGAGUCCCGCAACUAAAGGGCGCCCAACCUCACUUGCUGCCUUCAGAUAAUCGCGGGGAACCCCAAAUUCGCCUGCUGAGCCCGCAGCAGAUGCAUUAGGCGGACAGUGAAACUUCGUUGCUGUUCCUCUGGUCCUCAAACUAACUUGAAGAGUCACUUGAGUCUUUUCUAAUUGCUGUGAGACUGAACUAAUAAGUGCUAAUAAAUAGUGCUGCUGUCUGUCCUGAAACUCAACUCUAGAUCUAGACCUGCACACUCAAGACUUAAAUACAGCAAUGCUCAAAGAAUCAGCAUGAGUUAAUUAAAAUCCCAUACUGUCCUCAUUAAGCAUUACGGUGUGGCAGUAGAGCUUGGGUUUAGAUUUCAUUGGCAAGACUCAGAUACCUGUGACAACAUCAAGAACUCCUGGGAGUGGAUAUAGUUAAUCUCUCUGAAUCCCACAUAAAUCGCCUAAAAGCCUGAGAGAACAGGAACCAAAAAUAAGUGACACGUCACAGGGUACGAAUCACGUGUAAAUUAUUUCAAACCACUUUGUGCUCGGAUUUAAGAAGAGACUGUUUUCUGCUGUAGCAUAAGUCAGGAUGUCCUGUUGGAGUCCUGUCACUCUAUUUAUUUAUAUCUUAACUUGAGACAGUUUCAGCACUUGCUUUGGAAAUCUUGUCUAUUAGAAGUUGCAGAAAGCAGCCUGUUUGUAUUCUGCAGGGUGAGAGACUUGCCUUGUUUUUCCUGUGGUUGCAAAACUUCCAUGUCAUGAAGAUAACCUCGCCAGGAUGAGGUUGCUGAUGUUCUUCUGUCUUCAGAAAUAGUUUUCUAGCUUCCUAAUUAAGUUAAGCAGGAACAAAAUCCAACCUGUAGGUGCUCCGUUCUUAUAUAACUCUGUAGUAGCCAUUUUUGCUUCAUGGAAACAUUGGUGCAUUUUUUUUUAAUUACCUAAACAGAUAUUUCUUAUCUAUAUUGUGAGGAAUUACUGUUUCUGUUGUGAAGUAUUCUUUUGUCUUUUUUUCCUGGAUCGUUGUUGGGAAAACUUGACGUUACCGCAGACAUUUUUAACAACCUAGAGGCAGGUUUUACCCAGGUGACCUUCUACACUCAGUCAAACAAGACGCAAACUCAGAGGAGAUGUUCCAGCUUGUCGUGAGUUCUGUUCUUAUGUAUAAAAUAUGCAGGUUGAUUUUUGUCUGGAACAUCUGUAAAAUGGAGACAGGUGUUAAAUCUCAUUAAGAGCUAUUUUUGUAAAACGGACAAA